AUGGAGGAGAAGACCGAUGUGGAAUCACAAACACAAGAAUCCUCCUCCGCUUUGCUUUUCAAUCGAAAUCUUCCCGUUACUUUGAAGUUUAAGGAUGUUGUCUACAAGAUUAAAAUCCAGAAAUUAGGAGGAAUUUUCAAGAAGCAGCAAAAAUCUGAGGAGAAAAUUAUCUUAAAUGGAAUCACAGGCUCUGUGUUUCCGGGUGAAAUGCUGGCAAUGCUAGGCCCUUCAGGCAGUGGCAAAACAACUCUCUUAACUGCAUUGGGGGGUCGACUUGGCGGAAAACUCAGUGGGACUAUAACCUUUAAUGGCAAGCCUUUUUCAAAUUCGAUGAAACGAAAUACUGGAUUUGUGACACAAGAUGAUGUUAUGUACCCACACCUAACUGUAACUGAGACACUCGUUUAUACUGCUCUUCUCCGGUUGCCUGGUAGUAUCACCAAAGAGGAGAAGGUAACACAUGCACAAGCUGUUAUUACUCAGCUCGGGUUAACUAAGUGCAAAAACAGCAUUAUAGGAGAUGCACUACUUAGAGGAGUAUCCGGGGGAGAACGUAAGAGGGUCAGCAUUGGACAAGAAAUGCUUAUAAAUCCAAGUGUACUUUUUCUUGAUGAGCCAACGUCAGGUCUUGAUUCGACCACAGCUCAAAGAAUUGUAUCUACAUUAUGGGAUUUGGCGAAUGGAGGAAGAACUGUGGUGAUGACAAUCCACCAACCUUCAAGCAGAUUGUUUUACAUGUUUCACAAAGUGUUGCUGCUAUCUGAAGGCAACACUAUGUAUUACGGUAAGGGAGAAGAAGCUCUGGAUUACUUCUCGAGCAUUGGAUAUGCCCCAUCAGUUACUAUGAACCCUUCGGAUUUCUUGUUAGAUCUAGCAAAUGGAAUUGUAUCAGGAGAUUCAGGGGAGGAUCAGAGUACGACGAAACAGGCCUUAAUUUCUGCUUUCAGGAGUAAUAAAGCUGAAAAUGUGAAAGCAGAAAUGCAACAAUCUUCUGAUGGUCACAUGCAAAUUGUUCCCGAUGAUAAAAAGUUUGCUAGGUGGAGCACAAGUUGGUGGCAGCAAUUCACCGUGUUGCUCAGUAGAGGGUUGAAAGAAAGAAAACAUGAUUCAUUUUCAGGUCUUAAGAUAGGGCAGGUGCUUAUUGUAUCUUUUCUCACUGGAUUGCUUUGGUGGAAAUCUGAUAUAACUCACAUACAAGAUGAGACUGGGCUUCUUUUCUUUUAUGCUGGCUUCUGGGGCUUUUAUCCUCUUUUCCAAGCUAUUUUUACAUUUCCACAAGAAAGAAUGAUGCUUGAAAAAGAGAGGGCUUCAGGAAUGUACAGACUCUCAUCGUAUUUCAUGUCCCGAGUUGUAGGCGACCUCCCCAUGGAGCUUGUACUCCCAACUGUUUUCAUCAUCAUAACUUACUGGAUGGCCGGCCUGAAGCGAACCUCAAAAAAUUUCUUCCUGACCUUAUUUUCACUAUUAUACAAUGUACUGGUUUCUCAGGGCCUCGGGCUGGCAAUUGGAGCUCUGGUGAUGGAUCAGAAAUCAGCAACGAUCCUCGGGUCAGUUAUAAUGCUGUCAUUCCUUCUAGCUGGUGGAUACUAUGUUCAGCACGUUCCAGCUUUCAUUUCAUGGAUCAAGUACAUUUCGACUAGCAAUUACACGUACAAGCUCUUACUAAUAUCACAAUACAAUUCGAAAGAUACCUACCCCUGUGGAGAGGACAAAACCUGUUUUGUCCGAGAUUUUCCAAAUGUAAAGACCAUAGGCCUCAACGGCAAGGCUGUUGCAGUGGUAGCAUUGGGCAUAAUGCUUAUUGGUUACAGGCUCAUAGCGUAUCUUGCCCUCAUGAGGAUCGGAACCAAAAAAUAG